AUGGACGAGGGUACCAAGUGCAGAGUGCCGAUCGGCGACGCCUGCGUGUCUAUGCGCGUGUGCUUCGACUCCCUGUGCUUCUCGUCGACGCAGCAGCGGCUCGCCGACGAGGAGGACGCCUCCCAGCUGCCGACGCACGGCGCCGUGGCCGUGGUCGCCGCAGCCGGCCAGAGGGCCAUUUCGAACGUCACCGGAGCGACCACAAUCACAGCCAUGGGCACCCUUCGCGAGCUACAGGAAUUGCUGCGCGUCAAGGACGAGAAGAUCGCCGAACUCGAGGCGCUCCUCUGUCACCGCGACGCCGAGAUACAAGAACUACGGAGCCAUCUCGACAAGUUUCUCAGCGUGCUCCCUUUCAAGUCACCCUUGACACCGACGAAACCGAGACCCAGGAAGCAAAGGGCGCAGGGUAUCUCCGCGGAACCACCGCUUCAGGAGCUCGCCACGCUAACAGAUACACUCGGAGCUUGCACUUCCGGUGCAUUCCAUUCUAUUUUAAAACGAUCCUUGUUUAAUCGUAAUUCCGAGACCUUGGAAUCGUCCGAAGGUCGCAGUGAACAUGAACUCAUCGAAACUGCUUUUCAUUUUAACAAAAGGGAACUGAGUGUUUUAGAUAAGCUAAUCUUUUUCACCUGUUACGUGACCUGUCAUUGGUUACUAAAUAUUUCACACGAAUCGUAUAACGAUGAUAGUGACCGAUUAUCGAUCGAGGGAAAAGCUUACACUGCAAUAUAUAUUCUGUCGAGAGUAAUGUCAGAAUUUCAAACAAUUUGAAUCUAUGCAUUCGUUGAAUUCUAAAAUAGGGAUUUAUAUAUUUAUCGCGAAACGAAUGAAUUAUACAUUAUAUCCAACAAGUAGUGCAAUUCGACUAAAGUCAAAUACUUUAUUCACACGCAUUAGACAAAACUAAGCAAGUCCACGAAAUUUAAGAAAUACAAGAUCACUCGUAUCUUUUCUUUUCUGAUUCCUUUUUAUGUUCUGUUAAUUAAUUUAUUAAUCCACUUGUGAUACAACUUACUUUGUGUGCAAUUUGAAUUUAUAUAUUUUUACCUUACCAGAAGCAACGUUCUGUUGCUAGACUGCAGGCUUUGUAU